AUGACCUCAGGCCAGAUGAACGAACGGAACUACCUUCACGUCAUAGUCAAUGAUCUCUUUCCCGGCCUCCUCCCGGUUGACCCCCUCGGUGAUCCUUACAGCCCCACGCCCUACCGCCUCAUUGCGCAGUCGCGCAAGCGUUCUCGCGACGAGUAUGAGCCUGAAAACCAGACGCCUGUAAAGCGCCCGUGCUACCCCCAACGCCGGCCCGCCGAGCCCCUCUGUUGGCCGCCAGUUCGCGUCAAAGUUCGGCAGCCGAGACGCAAGCGCUCCGCCCCCAUUAAGCAGAACUCAAAUACCACACCAGCGGUGCAGUUGACAGCGGCGCCAUCACUCGAGACGUUCGUGUUCGCUUGCGAGAUUGACGGUGUCGUUACGGCGAUCACCGCGGAGGACAUCGCCCAGAUGCACGCCGAAUUCUGUCCCACCAAGCGCAGAGCGAGCGCCCAGGUCGGCACGAGCCUCGCCCUCAUGCGCCGCAUCGCGCACCACGCCGACCAUCAAACCCGGCUGACUCUGCGCGCAUCCACCCGGUGGGGCAAGCUAGCGUCUGACGCCGAGUUCUACAACCACUGCACUUUGCUGGCAACAACGGACAGCGCUGUCCUCAUGACCCGUAACUACCAACGCCUCCCUCUCGACCCGGACAGGCCAAUUGUGCCACGAAUCCACGUUCUCGAUGCGCUAUAUCUUCAAGCGUUGCCGACCAAACUGCUGCCACUCGAGCGCAUCGAGGGCGCGCUGGAAACCUGUCAAAUCAGUCUGCUUCGUGCCGAACAAUUCCAAGUCAUGCCUCCUGCGCGGACGGUGGUGGCUCAUACGUUUCCGCUCACAAUAAGAGACGUGCGGCCGCGCGCUGAUCGACUCAUCUGGCACCCCCAAACCGGGUGUCUGCAAGACUGUCUACUCGGUCUCAGGAACAGUGCGGUUGGCUGUCUCGAAGUGGCAAUCGUGCUGGACGACAAGCCUGCCUGGGUGCUAGGGGCCGAGCUACUGGAAACACUGCUGUCCCACCUCCUUCAAACGCAAGGCAAGCUUACGAUCGUCUGCAGCCCGCGCUACGCCGCCACCUUCUUCGGUGUCCCUAUCGCUUAUGAUAGCCACAAGGCAACUCAGUGGGUCCGCAAUGACCUACGGGAGGCGGUGGGCUCGGUCAACGAGGUCAGGAGCGGCAUUGAGGGUGAGGAGGUGGUCAGCCGAUUCACUGUCGUCUUCCUAGAGGAGUGGCGCGUACCUCCCCUGAUAAAGCAGAGGCAGCUGCGUCCUGUCGACUGCAUCUCCCAGUCUACGGGUCUAUGCCCACAAGAAGCGAAAUUAGCCAACGAAUUCGAGAAGAACUUCGUCAACGACGACUGGUGGCAAGACGACCUUGUCCUGUCCGAAAUUGGGCGCUCAUUCGAGAACAUGGCGGUGUGA